AAAAGCUCAUCCCUAAUCGCAGUCGCAGCGCGGCUCUUGCAUUGCCCCUUGUAGUUCAGUUUUGUACAACCCAAGAUCGAGCGAAGCCAUGGCCAAGCCCCACAUCCUCAUGGUGCCGCUGCCGGCCCAGGGCCACGUCACCCCCAUGAUGGAGCUCUCCCACCGAUUAGUCGAGCACGGCUUCGAGGUCACGUUCGUCAACACCGAAGAGCCUCACGCGCGGGUCGUCGGCGCACUGCAAGCGGAGGGCGGCACGACGGCGCUGGCCGGCAUCCACCUGGCGUCCAUCCCAGACGGGCUGGAGCAGGGGGAGCGCUUGGACGUCGGCAAGGUCGCCGACUCCUACGACCGGCACAUUCCGGGGCACCUGGAGCGGCUCAUCGCCGAAAUGGAGGCGUCCGGGAGACCCAAGGUGAACUGGAUCGUCUGCGACGUGUACAUGUGGCCGUCCUUCGUCGUCGCCAAAAAGUUCGGCAUCCGCGUGGCCGCACUCUGGCCGGCGGCGGCGGCGUGCUUAGCCUUUAAUAUCAAGAUCCCCAAGUUGAUAAAGGAUGGGUUCGUCAACGACCAGGGUUUGCCAGAGCGUGAUGAGACGGUCCAGCUUGCCCCCGGAGUCCCGCCGCUGCACACGUCGCAGCUGCCGUGGAUCAACUUCAUCGCGCCCGCCUGGCAGAGGGCCUUGUUCGAGCUGGGCACCAAGACGGAGGAGCUCAGCACGCUCGCCGAGGUGGUGGUGUGCAACUCUUUCCGCGAGCUCGAGGCCGGCGCGUUCACCCUCCUGCCCAAGAACGUCCUGCCCGUCGGGCCCCUGACCACCGACCCGGAGCUCCGGAAGCCCGUCGGGCAGCUGCUGCCGGAGGACACCCGGUGCCUCCCGUGGCUCGACGCCCAGCCCGACGGGUCCGUCGUGUACGUGGCGUUCGGCAGCUCGACCAUCUUCGACCCGCGCCAGUUCCGGGAGCUCGCCGAGGGGCUGGAGCUCGCCGGCCGGCCGUUCCUCUGGGUGGUGCGCGCGGACUUCACCACCGGCGACCUGAGCAAGGAGUGGUUCGACGAGUUCAAAGCCCGCGUCGCGGGCACGGGGAUGGUGGUCAGCUGGUGCCCCCAGCAGAAGGUCCUGGCGCACCACGCGGUGGCGUGCUUCGUGUCGCACUGCGGCUGGAACUCGACAGUGGAGGGCGCCAGGAGCGGCGUGCCGUUCCUGUGCUGGCCCUACUUCUCCGACCAGUUUCUGGACCGGAGCUACGUCACCGACGUGUGGCGGACCGGCCUGGCUGUGUCGCCCGAUGCUGACGGGAUCGUGACCAAGGAGGAGCUCAAGAGCAAGGUGGAGAAGGUCGUCGGCGACAGCGAGAUCAGGGAGCGGGCGCGGCUGCUCAGGGACGCGGCCGGCCGGGCCAUUGACCAAGGGGGAGACUCGUACGAGAACAUCCGAAAGUUCGUGGACCUGCUGCGUCAAUGAGAUCGAGAGAGUCGCCUCGCCGCGAUCCAAGGGAUCGUGAUCCCAUCCUUGGCUCUUCUACCCGUACGCGUGGUGUGCUGCUGUUCACUUUUGUUUGGGCACGGACCCUUGUUUAAUAAGCGAAUAGUUUUCAGAUCCAUCAGAGAUUCAGAAAACUAUUCCAAUUUGAUUCACCUACCCUUAAUCCAGCAGUUUUAUAUAUGUCCAUGGAGCAGGCGGGAGCACGUGAGGUGCUAGAAGCACGGAUACCUUCUCAAUGGGUC